UAUUUUACCCUAACCCUCAGAUCUCAUUCUAUCUGCCGAUUCUCCAUCUCUCAGCCUCUCUCUCUCUCUCGCAUUCUCUCUCUCUUUCUCUCGCAUUCUCUCUCUCUCUCGCUCGCAUACGGUCUCCUCUCUCUCUCCGAUGGCGGUGGGGCUUUGGGGUCGACGACGGCGUGUGGUGGAUGACAUCGUGGUUUGAGCUCGAUCUUAGUGAGUUUGCUUUGGGAUUUACGAAAUGUCGAAAAGUGGAGGAUUUGAUAUCGCAUCGGGUCUCGCCGGAAAGAAUGACAAGAACCAAACUCGCUCCAAUGGUGAAAAGUAUGAAAAAUAUGACCGGGAGAGCUCCAGGAUGGUACGAAAGCGAUCAGAAGAUGAUUUUGAUGGUUUUGAUAGGAGGAAAGGGUUUGAUCGGUAUAGAGAUGGUGGUGGUAGCGAGAGUAGUAGAGGGUAUGAAAGGAAUGUAAUGCACAGGUCAGAGAGCUUCUGUGGAUCAAGGAGGGAGUUCCCUAAAGGGUUUCGGUCAGAGCGUGACCGCUCACAGAGAGAAGGGAGUGUGUCAUCUUGGCGAAGAUUUGGCAGUGGGAAUAAGGAGUUUGAUGAAGGAGUUAGCAGGAGUAGAUUAGAGGAGAGAGGAAAGAGACUUAGGGAUGUAAGGUCCCCGACAUGGUCGAAUUCAAAGGAUUCAGGAAGCGAGCAAUCAAGGAUUAGGUCUCCUGUCAGGUCUCCUCCAAGAGGAUUCAGGGAUAGGAAGUCAAUGUCAAAGUCUAAGUCUCCGACUUGGUCCAAGGAUUCAGUUGGAAGUGAACAAUCAAAGUUUGUUGAAGUGAAGAAAAAUGAGGACGUUCAAGUUGAGAGUGGGAGUAGGAGUAGCAGUGAAAUGGAGGAAGGAGAGCUUGAACCAGAGCCUGAACUUGAAGCAGAAGCCAAAGCUGAAGAAGCCAAACCCAUAUCAGCUCCUGGAGUUAAAGCUGAAAAGGAAGAUGUACAGGGUUGUUCUGGAAUGGAUGUUGAUUAUAGAGAGAUCGAUAGUGCUAAAGAUACGAGCGAUACUGUUGUGGAGGAUAAAAAUAAGUCAGCAUGUGAAGAAGAGAUGGAGGAAGUGAAUAAGAAAGGAAUUUCUGAAGUAAAAGAUGUGGUUGAUGAAGUCGAUAACCUGCUAAAUCAUGAGGAUAAUAUGGCUAGCGAAAAUCUUGACAGUGGGGAGACCUGUAAUGAAGGUGAUCAGAAAGAGAACGAAAGUUUGAGGGGUGACGAUGAAUGUAAGGACCAUACAGAACAAGAAAUAGUUCAGGAAAAGCCAUUGGAAUCUGAAGAACAACACAAGCACGACAAGGUUAUUGAUCUUGAAGCUAAGGCUGAAGACGUCGAAGAAAGGGAAUUGAAUAAGGAAGUCAUAGGGGAGAAUGGAGUGCCUGAGGAAGAUAUGUCAAAGGUAAAUGAAUGUGUGGCUCAAAGCUUUAAGGACAAAGGGAAAAGUGUAGUGGUGACUCCUACUCAUAUUGCCAAUUCUGUGAAUCUUGCUAGUUGGAAUGAAAGAGAACCUAGAGAUCUUUUAACUUGCAGAGACAGUGAUAUAGAAGGACCGAGCACCAGAGGAUUUGAGUUAUUUGGUAGCUCCCCUAUUAGAAGACAAGAGAAAGCUGAUCAAUCUGGUACUAAUAUUCAUAAGGAUGAAAAGCUUACACUUGAGUCACUUGAUCUUUCUCUUAGCUUGCCAAAUGUGUUAUUACCUAUUGGUGCAGCCCCGGGUUCUCCUAGUCAUGCAAGAAGCGUUCAGUCCUUGACUAAUACAUUUCCUACUAAUUCAGAUGGGAUGACAGCAUCAAUGUCCUUUUCAGGUUCUCAAUCAUUUUAUCACAACCCAAGCUGUUCUUUGACACAGAAUUCUAUGGAUAACUUUGAACAGUCGGUUGGCAGCCGUCCCCUUUUUCAGGGGGUUGAUUGGCAGGCACUGUCUCAGAAUGAGCCUAAAAGUAAUGAAGUCUCCUUUUAUCAAAGAAUCUUAACGAAUGGGAAUGGAAACGGUUCUCAUCAACAGCCUCAAUCCAUUUCAAACAAUCAAUCUUCACAAGCUCAACAUCUUAGGGUUCCUGAAGGUAGCUCUAAAUUAACUAAUGGAUUGGAAAGACAGCUUAGCUUCCAUAAGCAAUUGUCAGGACACUCUAGGAACCCUGAUAAUGUCAGGUCACCUUCUCAUAGUGUUGGUUCUCACGAACUUGGAUCUAGUUACAGUUUUGAUAGGAAGAGACUAAUGAGAGAAAAAAGUAGUGCUAGCUUGUAUAGGACUAGUAGUUCUAAAAUGGACCAGGAACACUUUCCUAUUGGUGGGGCUGAAUUUGUUGAGACAGUCAUUUCCCGGAUAGUGUCAGAACCAAUACAUGUCAUGGCUAGAACAUUUCAUGAAAUGACUGGACAAUCCUUAUCAUGCCUCAAGGAUAGCAUUUGUGAGAUCAUGCGAAAUGGAGAAAAGCGUAGGCAAUUAGGUGCUUUACAGAAAGAACUGCUGGAAAGGCCUGACAUAACCCUGGAAUUACUACUAAAAUCUCAUAGGACACAGUUGGAAAUAUUGGUUGCUCUGAACACUGGUCUACCGGAUUUUCUUCAGCAAGAAAUGAGUGUUUCAUCCUCGGAUUUGGCUGAGAUUUUUAUGAAUUUGAGAUGCAGAAAUCUUGCUUGUCGGAGUCCACUGCCUGUAGAUGAAUGUGAUUGCAAAGUUUGCUCUCAGAAGAAGGGUUUUUGCAGUUCCUGUAUGUGUCUUGUCUGCUCGAAAUAUGACAUGGCAUCCAAUACAUGUAGUUGGGUUGGGUGUGAUGUUUGUCUUCACUGGUGCCAUGCGGACUGUGGGUUACGCGACUCUUAUAUUAGAAAUGGGCGCAGUGCAAUGGGGGCACAAGGAACAUCUGAGAUGCAAUUCCAUUGUGUUGCCUGUGAUCACCCAUCUGAGAUGUUUGGCUUUGUGAAAGAAGUUUUUCAAAAUUUUGCCAAGGACUGGUCAGCUGAAACUCUUUCCAAGGAACUUGAAUAUGUCAAGAGAAUUUUUGCUGCAAGCAAGGACUUGAGAGGGAAACGACUCUAUGAGAUUGCUGGUCAGAUGUUGUCAAGAUUGAAAAAUAAGACUGACCUUCCUGAAGUUUACAGUUAUAUAAUGACCUUCUUAAACGAUGUUGAUUCUUUCAAGCUAAACAAUAUGUCUUUAACAUCUGGGAAGGAACAAGGUAAAGGAAGCAGCAGUGGGAGUGGGAUUGCUGGGCCAAGCCUAGAGCCUGCAUGGCUUAAAUCGGUAUAUUCGGAAAAGGUUCCUCAGUUGGAAAUACCUGCAAGUUUACUUCCUAGUUACAGCCAUGACCGAAAUGACAAGCGCAGUGUGGACUUGGAGUUGCGCACAAACACUCCCAAGGAACCUCUUUUCGAUGAGCUGGAGAGUAUUGUAAGAAUUAAACAAGCAGAGGCCAAAAUGUUCCAAACAAGGGCAGAUGAAGCAAGAAGGGAUGCAGACAGCCUGCAACGGAUAGCCAUUGCCAAAAAUGGAAAGAUCGAAGAUGAGUAUGCUAGUAGAAUUGCCAACUUGCACUUGGCUGAAGCUGAGCGGUUGCGUAAACAAAAAUUUGAAGAACUGCAGGCUCAAGAGCGAGAAAAUCGCGAAUACUUCAGUAUGAAAAUGAGAAUGGAUGCAGAAAUCAAAGACCUGUUUUUGAAAAUGGAAGCUACCAAGCGAAACCUUGCAACAUCAUGAUUAACAAGUUUUUCAUAGGGUUGUCAUCUUUUGCAGGAAACUAUAUUAUUUCUAAUGUAAUCUAAGGCACUAGUUCUUGAUUGUUAGGCGUUUCUUUAGUAGUUUUGUCUUCUUCUUCAAUGCAUCUGUUUAUUACCAUUGUCAACAACUAACUAAAAUAUGUAGAGAGACAGAUUUCAGUAUGUUAUAAUGUUCCAAUUU